UAUAUAAAAUGAUAAACCAGAUAGACACAGGUAAAUAGUAUAGUAUGGCGUCAGUGUCUGCUGCUGCUUCGAUAGUGAAGAAUGAAUUGAGGAGUCAUGAAGUCGCCAUAGCCGAACUCAACGCCCUUCCUUCUUCCAGAACUGUCUAUCAGAGAAAUGGGAACUUGUUUUUUCGCACAUCUAUCCAAACAGCAACAAGCAUGGAGCAGAAACAACUUGAUUCAGCCAAAGCCAAGCUAAAGAAUCUGAAUUCUUCGUCGAAAUCAUAUGCUAGAACUUGGGUGGUUCAGUAGUAAUGCGGCAUUUUUCUGUGAGAUGAGGGCGAUAAGGACAUGUUAUAUGUUAUCACUUGGAGACUUCAUUUUCUAAAUAGCUGUUAGGUCCUAGAUACUGUAAAUUACAUAAAAUGCAUACAUACAAUAAAUAUGUUAAGGAUAUUUUGAAUUUUUUUAGUUAUUUUCACUGAAACACUGAAAUGUGUUGUAGGCGUGACUUUUAAUACAAUUGAUAAAACUGUAUUCAUUCAUCUAUUAAAACUUGCACAUUUCAUAAUGUAUGUAAAAUGCACGGGCUUUAAUUUUA